CCCCUGUGUGGCCCUCUGGCGCUUGUAGGGGAGUUCAAGGAGACCGGGCCGGGGCGACUGAGGGCCCCUCGUCAGAGUCCGGGCAACAGCCGUCAUGCCGGGGAUAGUGGAGCUUCCCACUCUCGAGGAGCUGAAAGUGCAGGAGCGGCGGUGUUUAGAGGAAGGCAAGCUUGUCAACCAGUGUGCUUUGGACUUCUUUAGGCAGAUAAAGCGUCACUGUGCGGAGCCUUUUACAGAGUAUUGGACCUGCAUCGACUACUCCGGCCUGCAGUUAUUCCGUCACUGUCGCAAGCAGCAGGCGAGGUUUGACGAGUGUGUGCUGGACAAACUGGGCUGGGUGCGCCCUGACCUGGGAGAGCUGUCAAAGGUCACCAAAGUGAAAACAGAUCGACCUUUACCUGAGAAUCCCUAUCACUCAAGAGCGAGACCAGAGCCCAACCCGGAGAUUGAAGGAGACCUGAAGCCCGCCAAAUACGGCAGCCGCUUGUUUUUCUGGACCAUGUGAAGAUGGUCCGAGGCCCUUGCUCAGUCACACGCCUGGACAACAACUAUGCACAUGCCUGUGUACUGCGCAUUGUCUGAUAGUGCAUUCUUCCGGGAUCACACACACAAACGUUAAUUUAUGUGACUUGGCAGUUAUUCUAUACCAUUUCCUGGCCAUUAAAAAUUUUAAGGAAA